AGGAUGAAUCCUAAUGUUGAUCCCCUGACUUUCCUUAAGCACCAUCAUCAGGUCAAAAUUUAAAUUUUCUUCAAUACUGGUUUGUGACCAAAUACCUUUAAAAACUAAUAACACUCAGCUAUACUCUGUGUUCAGUGCUCAUUAGCAAAUGUUAGAAUGCUAACUAAGGUGGUGAAUAUAGUAAACAUAAGAUAAACAUCAGCAUGUUAGCAUUGUCAUUGUGAGCAUGUUAGCAUGCUGAACUUAGCCUAAUAGAGCUGCUAGCAUGGGUGUAAACUCUAGUCUUAUUUUCUCUUCAUCUCUGUCCCUCUCUCUAUGUCUCUGUCUCCCAUGUGUCUUUCUUUCAUGCUGCUGAAUAAAGUAAUUUAAUGGGUAUUAAAGGUUGCCACAGUGCUUUAUACAGGUUUAAGAAAGUGGAAAGCAUUUACUGGCUAAUUGGACAAUUAGUGGCUCUUACAAAACCAAAUUAGCUAAAUUAGCGACUCUGGCUUUAUGAAUUACAACACUUUAAAAACAUUGUUUUUAUUUUCUAUUUGUAUCUAUACACUGAAGCAGUUAUCUACUGUGUAUUUGUGUUAUUCAGUAGUCUUUCCACAAUUUCCCUAUAGUCUGCUUGUUAGAUGCAGUAUGGUGGUUUAGGUUGAAGGUGUGAUCUUCUCUAGGUGGAAUGUUUGCAGAGCAUCUCGUGUUUAGCUGUGACAUACUACAUCUUUCUCUCAGUGAGACUGAUAAAACACUGUCUUGAAUGAACCUACACUAAAACCUGUGUGACUGUUUUUUAAAGCAAUUAUAGACUAAGUUCCUACAACAGUCCCCACAAAAGUCUUUUUUCUAACUGUAUCACUGGAUGUAUAAAGAGAUGCACAAAAGCCCUGCACAGUAAAAUAAACUUUUUUUGAGAGCUGCAUUGAACAAAAUGUUGCUAAAGUAUAAGCUUAUUCUUCAAUAUUACUGUGAUCCUACUGUGAUACUCCUUUCAAUAGUUUUAACCUACAUAAAGGGCCUGGUAUGUUCACCUACAUUUCCUUAAUGUGAUGACUCAGUUUACUGGACUUGUACUGAAGGUGUAACUGGCCUAUGAGAAGAGACAGAUCCCCUGGGGACCAAAGGUGGAGUGGAGCUCAGGGGUCAGGCUCCUCUGAGACCCAGAGCUUCUAGUUUGAAUGGUUCUCCUGUUCAGCUCAAACACUGGCCCGGGGAUAGCACUUUAGAACGGGAUAUAUCCUCACACCAGGAACUGGGAAAGAUCCAUCUGCAGGAGCCUUGGGACUUUCUUUUUCAGGAAUAUGCACAGGCUUAUAGCCCCUGACUUCAAACAUUUGAACAUGCCAGCCUACAAAGAUAUGUUGGUGUUUGCAGCACUCUUUGCCAUCUUGGGACUGACCCAAUGUCAAAAGUUGCCAAGUUUUGAUCUGCUGGAGGAGUUUCGUGUGCCUGAGUCGAAAGGAGUGAGGAGAGUGGAUGGCUCUCAACCUGAGGCAAUGGCCUACCGUGUCAACCCUUCUAUCCAUCUACGGAGGACCAUGAGCGAUGUGUAUCCAAAUGGACUUCCCUCCGACUACUCCGUCAUUGCAACAUUUAAGGUGACCAAGGACACUGCCAAGAAAUCGUGGGACCUGUGGCAGGUCAGUGACCCCAAGGGACAAGAGCAAGUCGGCCUACGUUUCCAGGGUGAUAUGCACUCUUUAGACUUUUUUUACACUAGCCCCCAUGGGAGCCAGAUGCUGAGGACCUUCCAUGGUGUGGAAAAGUUGUUUGACGGGGAGUGGCACAAGUUGGCACUGAGUGUGAAGGGCAGCCAGGUGAAGCUGCUAAUAGACUGUGAAGAGAUCAGUGUGGAGUCUAUUGAUGAGCCGAGGCCCGUCAUCCACCGAGGCUACACCUCUAUCGUCAAGCGGGCUGUAGGAGAUCGCUCGGUGUCUGUGGACCUCCAGCAGAUGGAUGUGUCGUGUGACCCAGAGCAGGCCUAUUCAGAGGGCUGCUGUGAGCUCUCUAGUGUGUGUGGAGGGUAUGCAGAAAUCGGCCUAACAGCUGGAAGAGCGUCUUGCAAAUGUAUGAACGGACAACCUGGCAUUCAGGGACCUCCGGGGCCAAAGGGUCACAGAGGUCUUCCGGGUGAAGCCGGAAACUCAGGAAGACUCGGAAACUGGGGGAUCAGGGGAAACACAGGAGACUAUGGCAACAUUGGCGAGACAGGCCCAAAGGGUGAAGAAGGAAUCAAAGGCGAGAAAGGAAUGAGAGGACUCUGGGGCCAAGUGGGAGACAGAGGUCCUAAAGGGCUGAAAGGAUUACAAGGGGCAGCAGGCUUCAAGGGAGUUCGUGGGCCACCUGGAGACAUUGGAGAGACUGGGAAACCAGGAGAAGUUGGUGCUAAAGGCGAAAAAGGAUAUGAAGGGAUUCCCGGGUUUCAAGGAGUUAAGGGAGAAAAAGGGGCCCCUGGUGGAGCAGGGCGUGCUGGGCCCAGAGGAAAGCAGGGUAUUGUGGGAGAUCCUGGAGAGAGGGGAGCUCCUGGAGAGAAGGGGAAACCUGGGAUACAAGGACCUGUGGGCAGAGCUGGCACCAUCGGACCAAAGGGUAUUAUUGGAGAUCCGGGCUUACCAGGCAGAGAUGGUGAUCCAGGAAUAGAGGCUUAUCAGGGACCACAAGGUCUCAGUGGGAAACUCGGACGAAGUGGAGUAAAGGGAGAGAAAGGCACCCUUGGGUCAGCAGGAGAAAUGGGUCCCCAAGGGCAAACUGGCCCAAGAGGUUACAAAGGUUCUGCAGGGAGGCCAGGAAGACCUGGAUUUAUCGGCCCACCUGGACCUGCUGGACACGUAGGUGUGCCUGGAAAACCAGGGCCCAAGGGUGACACAGGAAUCCAGGGAAUCCAAGGAGUUAAAGGUGCACAGGCGGAAAAAGGAGUUAAGGGCCCAAAAGGAAAGGUUGGAGACAGGGGUGAGCAGGGUCCUCAGGGAGGACGGGGGAAGCGCGGCCCGGCAGGCCCACCUGGACACUCAGGUCCUGUCGGAGUCAAGGGGGUUCGAGGUGAAGGAGGACCAGAUGGCUUUCAGGGGCCCCCGGGUCCACCAGGCCCGACCCUCCCUGCUGAGCACGUGAUCGAGGUUUGUAAGAAAGUGGUCCUGGAGCAGAUGUCCACCUUUGCCAACUCAGUGAAGAGGACGUGUGCUGCAGUUUGUCCUCUCUAUGGGGACGUGCCCAUGGGUGCCCCUGGUCCCCCCGGACAGAAAGGACCCCCCGGACCUCCUGGUGACCCCGGUAAUGAUGGUGUUGAUGGAGAAGUGGGCCUGCAGGGAUUCUACGGAGAAGCUGGAGAACUUGGCCGCCAAGGAGAAACAGGUGACAGAGGAGAGCAAGGUGAUAAAGGGCCCAAGGGUCACGGCCUACCUGGCUACAGUGGAGACCAGGGACCAAAGGGUCAGCGUGGACGUCCUGGCAGAGCCUUUAACGGCCAGCCAGGGAAGCAGGGUGAGAGGGGACAUGUAGGCCGGCCUGGACUCAGGGGCCACCCAGGUCUCAGAGGGCCUCCAGGUGUUUGUGUCACCUCUGGGUGUGCUCAGCUGAACUCCACCAGUGGGACACCUCAGCCAGCACCGCGGAGGUUAAGGAAUCGCCCGUAGAGGAAAAAAACUAGGCUAUGUGGACAGUGAAUUGAAUAUUGAGCUUAAAGGAGGAAAACAUGGUAGACUGUUUUUGUUAAUAUGUGUUUGUUCAAAUAAAUUGAAAUUUUCAUGUAAAUAUGCAUCCCAACUGAAACCUAAACUGAACUUCUGGGAACAGUUUGAUCUACAAGGUUACCAAAGACAAUGCCUAUGUGAUUUAAAGGAGAGUGAUAACAAAAUAUAUUUGUAUAAAAAGACCGUCUUCAUUUAGUUUUAUUUAAACUGAUUUCACAAGUCCGAGUUUAAACAUCUGUUCUUUAUAAUAAAAAACCCAAAAUGAUA